CCUACAUAUUGUAUACUAUAUGAAAUUAAUGAUGAUUUCCAUAUAGAUUUGUAUGAUUAAUAAAACAUUAAAUGAGCCAAAUGUGUACUUUUGUGGGUAUUUACCUGACAUUUUGUUAUUGGGUCAUAUUUUUCAGAUAUUCUACCCUAUGAAUACACAUGUGCGCACAAAUUGAGCCCAAAAGAAUAAAAGUGCAAAGAUACAGUGACUUGUUCUGUUUGAAAAUCUGUCUUCAUGAGGGUUGUCAUGUUAAUCUACAUCCUUAAAUAAUCUCUGUUCCAUUAAUUUAACAGUUUUACAAAUUACUAUCAUUUACUGUGUUUUAAGUGCAGAUUUCGACUCGUUCAUUUGUCAAGAAAAGAACCAACCAAUACCAGGAAACAAGUCGGCAAAGGUCACAUUAUUAUUUCUUGGCAAUCUGCCACGAGGGAGCGCGAGCCCGUGUGUCUGUUCUUUGCGUGCGCGAGUGUGCGCGAGCGUAUUUCCAGGAACCUCUAACCGGAGGGGGGGCGGGGCUUUCCGUAGGAGGCGGAGCGUUCCGAAUAUCGGCUUUAGGAAUCGUCAUUGGAAACAUCCCACAGUAACCUUUAUCCACUCACUGGAUCUCUCCAGCUUGAUAUCGACGCCGCCGCCGCCGCAUUCCUCCGCGCAGGAAAAAGAGAAACCCCCCCUUCACACUUUCUGGAUACUUUUUUUGUUUGGAUUUUAAUGCCUGAGUUAAUAUUUCAUCCAGCACUACUCUCGGGUAGUUUGCAUAGCUUUUGCUUUGGCGACGAGCGGCUGCGGUGCGGAGCUCAACAUAACCGCAAGCUGUGUUUAGGUGCUCUCUCCCAGCCCCUCUCUGGAUGCAUCGGACUCCUCUCCCCCGGGGCCCUGGACCCGGUGUGUGACCCCGCCGCCCUCGCCCCUGUCUCCCUCUCUUCCCUCUCCCUCCGACCCGAGCUGCCCCGCGCCGUUCCACCUCGACACUCCUGUCCCGGGCCCCCUGCCUCGCGGCCAGCGGGCGGAGGCAGGGGGCCAUGGCACCAUGGUAGCCUCCGGCGGGCAGAACCACCUCGCCAUGAGCAGCGUGGCCUCUCCUGUGGGCAGGGUUCACGGGUCAGACUUCACCCCGCAUCACUACAAGCCCUUCAGAUCACACGCACACUACCAGCAGGUGAUGCGCGCGUUGCGUAAGCUCCAGGAAAGUGGGUUUUACUGGGGGGCCGUGGGGGGCCGGGAGGCCAGCUCCAUGCUGCGCUCUGAACCGCCAGGCACCUUCCUGAUCCGUGACUCCUCAGACCACCACUAUUUCUUCACCCUCUCUGUCCAGACAACUCGGGGCACCAAGAACCUGCGCAUCCACAGCGAGGGAGGCGGCUUUUUCUUACAGCCAGACCCCCAAAACACGCAAGAGCUCCCGCAGUUCGACUGUGUGCUGAAACUUAUCGCGCACUACAUGGGGAAGGGGCCGGAGGCCGCGAGGAGCAGAGGAGGGGCGUGCGGGGGCAACCCAGGAGAGGCAGGGGUGAAGGGGCGCAGUGUGUAUCUGAUCCACACCGGGGGCGAGAGGAUUCCCUUGGAAUUGCGCCGGCCCCUCUCAACGUCGCUCUCGUCCCUGCAGCACAUGUGCAGGAGGACCCUGAACGGCCGAAGCUUUGGGGGGUCGGAGAGGACUGAGCGGCUCCCGCAAACACUUAAAGACUUCCUGGAGGAGUACGAUGCCCCGAUAUGACUGACAGGAAUCAGAGAGGUUCCCCCCCCCCCCCCCCCCCCCCCCCGUCCAGGACCGGGUGUCUUAAAGGAUGCCGCAGAGCAGUUCUCGGUGCACAUGUAAAAAAAAAAAAUUUAAAAAAUGCACACAACGAGAUACAGACCAGAAUCAGCGUUAGAUGCUGACGCGAGGUCAGUAUGAGGUCCGAUUUUCAUUGUGACCAGCUGAUCCCAGAUCUGGUUCGACACUGACAGACACCAGCUACCCCCUCCUCCCCCCUCCCCCCCGCCCCGCCAACGUGGGGAGACUGGGGUGAAAAGUUGGAUUCAGAUAACGGUUACCUCGCUGGUCCUGCCUCCUACAAACUGACCACUACUGUGAGAGUGGCAGAUGACGCUGAGAGGGUCAAGGGUCAAUGUUUCCUAAGACUGACACAGACGCAGAGCAGAGCCUCGUAGAAGAUUAACCCGAUUGGUAGAUAUUAACGAUGACAACGUGAUCAAUUAAGGAGGAGUUUCACGUGCUUCAGAAGAAACCUCUCCUCUCCUUCGGUCAGCCUGACAUUUACAACACUGUGGAUCACUGGACAGAAAGAAAGACGGCAAAAAAAAAAAAGAGAACUGGGGGGGCGUGGGGGUGGUGUGUGUGUGUGUGUGGGGGGGGGGGUGGUGGGGGGGGCAGUGAUGGAGGAGCUGACAGAGAAAAGACAGGAGUCCACACGGAGGGAACUAAAGCAGAGAGCGUUGAGUAUUUGUUUGCCUGAGUGUGUGUGUGUGUGUGUUUUUGUGUGUUGUGGCAGCGCACACAUUUCCAUCGCUGCUUCCCGCAAAUGUUGCCUCAUAGAAGGGGGAGCAGGGUGGUCAUGCACGCUAGCUCUGCACACACACACACACACACACACACGCGCGCACACAUGCACACACAAACAGGUACAGGCCCAUGUGUAGGAUUUGUUAGCGUGGGAACAAGAGUGUGGAAAAAGCAUUACAAAGCAUCUUCUCAUUUUGUUUGUUUGUUUGUUUCUCGGUUCUCCUCCAUUACCUUCCCCUGCCCAAUCCCUCUUCUUUUCUCUUUUUUCAAAAAAUGUUUUUUUUUUUUUUUUUUUUUUGGGGUUGAAUGUUCGCUUUGACAAUGACACAAAACAGGCGGCUGUAGCUGAGACAAAAGCGUUGGCGCGCGACCAAACAAAACAGCGGAACUUAUUUUUGUCCGGAGAGGCUGGAAAAAAUUGUCAGCGACACUGUAAAGCUCCUUUGGGUGUGAUGAUGAUGAUGAUGAUGAUGAUGAGGAUGAGGAUGAGGAUCCUAGAGAGAAAAAAGAGGCUGAGGAGAGAGGGGUUGAAAGGAGAAGAAGAAGAGCGGGAAAUGGGAUUAGCUAAAAGGAAACUAAAGAACUGGGGAGGGGGUUGGGGGGGGGAGUAGUGGGAGGAGACAUACUGGUAUACAGCUAAACAAAAAACAUUGACGUGAUUGAUGUCUCAGACUUAGAGGAAAUGAUCAGGCUCAACAGGACGCUGCUCCUGUAAAUAUAGAACCGAGCUCGCUGAAGGCUAUGAAAAGAAAGUUCCGACUGAGUCUGUCUUUUUGGAGCCUCUCACGGUUAUUUCUUUUAUGUUAUCAUCUCAAACAUAUUCCUGUGUGACUAAGCGUCUCUCUCCUUCACGGUUUUCCUCUUGCCUCUUUUCCACACAAGCUUAGUCUUUGUUCCACUCACUCGGAGCUGGUACCAGUGCCUCCUCUGCUGUUUUUGUCCCUUUAAAAAACACACAGAAGCAGAAAGAAAUCUAAUGCACCGGUUCAACGUAAGUAAUGCAAGAGUUCUGGGAGAGCGUACUGAAGUCCUUUCACUCUUUGCAAAGUAGCCACAGUGAAGUGAUUCCCGCCGAGCGAUCGGUCGUUAGGAAGGCUUUCACUUCUUUGUCUGCCCAGGUGGCUGAAAGGACCAAGGUAUAUGCUUCACAGCUCUUGCCAGUUCAGAAAUGCAAAAAAAAAAAAAAAAAAAUAGGAACGGUUUCGAGUGAGUCGAGUCAAGUCAUAACAAACAGUGGAAAUGAGGCGUUACAGCACAGCCUGUAGUGGAUAACAAAGAGGACAUUAACUUUUUAUGCGGUCGGUUUAAUUUCGUCUCUUCCUCUUAAAGUGUUCGCGCCCCAUCUGUUCUCCAUCGUUACCUCUGAAGCGGGAGUUCGUUUUGUCUGUGUGAAUGUCAAAGGAACACAAGACGUCCUUAAAGUGAUUCUUUGGGAAAAAAAAAAAAAAAAAAAAAGCCUUUUGUAAAACAGAGACUUGGAUUUGAUGAACGGUGUGUUUUAACCAGUGCUCAUCCUGAACUGUGACCUGAUUUUGGAAAGCGGUAGCCUUUUUCACAUCAUCAACAUUUUGUGAUCUCGCGUGGCCACUUAAAGCCGGGAGCACAGAGGUAUAACAAUGUAGUCGUGUUUCCACUGAACUGUCAAGCAAUUUUCUAAGCAAACGUUUGAAAUUUCACAGAAGAGAAGGAAAAAAAAAGAAAGGCUUUUUCUAAUCGACUGGUUUUGCACCAACAAACAAGUCUCAUUGCCAAGCGUAGUUUCCUCAGAAGUUUUGAGGCUGAGCUUCACACACGGCUGUAAUUUACCAGGAAAAACAGCAGAAGUUGUGUUUGCAAAACCAGAAACAAACAGCGACAGGAUUUCUUCUGUACAAGUUUGAUCGUUCAUGACGACUUGUCGUGGACAUUUUUAAAGGUGCAUUUUAGCUUUUUCUAAAUGUACUGCAUCAGAUUUUAUUAAAACAAAGGCCAACAAAAAAAAAAAAAACACUCAAACAAGAGUCAACCUGCGCAAUUUAGGACGUUUGGUCAAAUGAAGCCUUUCUUUUCUGAUCUUCAAACACAAUGCUUUGAAAUAUGCAAAAAAAAAUCUCUAUACGUUUGUGGAAACACGACCAAUGUGACAAAAAGUUUGUUUUUGUCAAAUCUCAAGUCUUAUUUUCUCAUAAAAAGUUCAAGUUCUUACAUGUGUUGCAGCAGCAGUGGACCACACGUGUCUGUGAAUCAUUUUGUCUUUUAUAAAGACUCAUAAAAAAAAAAAACAGGCUGGCCACUAGUCUGGCAUAAUAAAAGCUGUAGUAUCUGAAAUGACAAAGCAUUACAAAAAAAACAAAACAACAUAAAUGAAAAAGGAACGUUGCACAUAUUUAUAUUUCUAAAAUAUUUCAAUAAUUUAUAUUAAAGAGCACUAUUUUUACAAAAGUGAA